AAAAAAGAAGAAAAAUAUUAGCACAAAAAAGAAGAAAAAUGGCAAAUUUUGUUCUGCAGGUUCCAUCUAUUAGAUUAAGGAGCUUCACUGUGUCUGCUUCAUCCAGUUCCAAUGGGGCUCCUCCAGGAGGUUUAGGAAGCAGUAGUGGUGGUGGUGGGGGGCCAGUGAUAGUGGAGCUUCCUCUUGAUAAGAUCAGAAGGCCUUUGAUGAGGACAAGAUCAAAUGAUGCUAGCAAAGUUCAACAACUUAUGGAUAGUAUAAGUGAAAUUGGUCUUCAAGUACCUAUUGAUGUGCUAGAGGUUGACGGAGUCUAUUACGGCUUCUCUGGGUGUCACCGCUAUGAAGCGCACCAGCGCCUUGGCCUCCCUACCAUCCGUUGUAAAGUACGCCGCGGCACAAAAGAGACUCUAAGGCAUCAUCUUCGCUAAAUAACUGAUUGAAUUACUUUCCAAAGUAAUAGAAGCUCUCCCUCCUGCUUCUGAAGGCAGUUUUCAGUGAAUGUGUUGUGAUAUGUAAUGUUUACGAACAAUGCAAAAACAGGACAAUGCACUAUUGAUAUAAAAUAUAAUAAAUAGAGAUCUGAAAUUUAUUUAAUUAACAAGAGUGUAACACUCUUUAUUUAGUUCAAAGAUGAGUUAUCAAUUUGGUCCGAAACAAAAUAAAAUAAAAGAGCAAGGGUUAGGAGUAGGAGUGGGUUUUCAUGUUAUUUCCUGAUGUCAUGAUUUUGUAUACAACACCAAGGAGAUAAGGCUAGACUAUCAGUCUAUUAGUGGCAAAGUUAUAUCCAGAAUCCUUGCAAAAAGAGAUUUAUGCCAAACUGAAAUGAGAAAGAAGUCAUCUACAAUUAUCAAGUUUGGACUUUGGCAACAGGAAGAGGCAUGGAUGAAAUAGUGUGUAACUACGGCAACAAUGUCUGUUCAAGUGUUUAUCACAAAAUAUGUUACUUAUACAUGCCCUUUUUUUCGGGUGUGACCAAACGAGAAUGAAGGCUAAGGAGAAGAAGAUCUUUUUUUUA